AUGUACGGUCGCGGUGGACCAUCCUAUCCGUCCAGGGGACGCGGCGCGGGGUGGAACGGUCGAGGAGGACGAGGAGGACGAGGAGGAGGGGGAGGGCCAGGUCGCGGCGGAGCAGGCGGAGGAGGCUUUGGAGGGCAGCAGCAGGGUGGGGCACCUCGUCAACAGUCUCCGCCGCGGCCCAGCCAGCCACUCACGACGAGGCCCGUCACUGUCGCCGCCAAGCAAGUCACUCUCGGACAGGCAGCUAUGCCUGAGCCCCUCACUCGCCCGCACUACAUCGUGUCCGAGCCGGCGAAGUCUAUUUUGCUCACGAGCAACUGCUUCGACUUGACCAUCUCGGAGAACGACAGCGAGUGGUACAGGUAUAAGGUCGACAUCACCGCUGACGACCGCACCGACGCCCAAGCAAACGACGGCGCUUCUCGCGGCGCGCCUUCCAAGAGCGUCCUCCGGCUCGUUUGGCAAGAGCUCGAGCGUCGCGAGGCGGCGAAGCCGACGCACUUCGGCGGCAUCCGUCCCGCUUUCGAUGGCAGGGCGGCGGCCUACACGAAGAGGCCGUUGCCUGACCCCGGCGACGGCGUCAUCUGCAUCUCCGGCAUUCCCGCCCCUGACCGUCCUCGCAUGACCUUCACGGUGAAAAUCUCCGACGUCAACCCUCUCCCCUUCGCCUCGCUCCGCUCCUACUACUCCGGCACCGGCAGCUUCCGCUUCGACCACGUCGCCGAGGCACUCCAGGCGCUCAACACGCUCAUUUCGCAAGGCCCGUCCGCCGAGUUCUUCGGCACUCGCACGUCGUUUUUCCCGACCGACUCGGCCGCGCAACGCCUCGGCGGCGGCAUCAAGAAGGAGAGCGUCCGCCUCAACGGCUACAUCGAGCUCCUCCGCGGCUGGUUCCAGAGCGUCCGCACUUGCGAAAGCGUCAAGGAGCCCGGCCAAGAGGUCGCGAAGCGCGGCCUCCAGGUCACUCUCCACACGACGUCGACGGCCUUUUUCAAGCCCGGCACGAUGGUCGACUUCGCCGCCUCCUAUUGCGAGACGAAUGGUAGGAACGUGCGGAACGGCCUCAAAGCACUCGUCGUCGGUCGCUUGGACGGCCAACUCGUGACCAGGAUCAACCGGCUCAUCUGCAAGAAGAUCGAGGUAACGGUUCGUCGCGGACACGGAGCGCCGCCGCUUAGAUUGAGGAUCCGCGGGCGAGGCAUCCUCGACAAGCGCCCCUGCGACCACCUCUUCAUCGCGGACGACGGCGAGACCAACGUCGAGACGUACAUGGAGAAGCACUUCGGCGUCCGCCUGCAGUACCCCGACUUCCCCCUCGUCGAGGUCCGCCCCAACAUUGUGUACCCUCUCGAGAUGCUCUGGAUUGACGAGGGGAACAAGUACCUCAAGCGUCUCUCGCCGCUCGAGCAGGGCAGGGCUUCUGACUUCGCGACUCUCCUCCCGCCGCAAAAGCUUGCGGCCAUCCUCAGCGUCCGCAGGGACGUCUACCGCACGGUCGUCGAGCCUCACCUCGCGAGCUUCGGCGUCCAGAUCGCCCCGGUGCCGAAGGUGAUUCAGGCUCGCAUCCUUCCGCCGCCCGCAAUCGAGUACAAGGACUCGACCUUCCGCCCGGGCGACAAACGCGAGAAGCAGUGGACGCACGUCGACCCGGCGAACGGCGAGUGGAGGAUGAACGUCAGGGGCACUUUCGCCGCCGAGAACUUCAUCGCCGGCGCAAGCCUCAGCUCGUUCGUCGUCGUCGUCCCCUCGGAGCGCGACAUCCAAGCUGUCGAGACCUGGCUCGACGCCCUCUUCCGCGGCGCCGCCAGCUUCGGCAUGGACCUCAAAGAUCGCCCCUCGCGGUUCACUCGCGACGUCUUCUUCGUCCGUCGCCCCGGCACCGACCCCGCGCGGACCGUCACUUCUGCGGUCGGGCAGGCGAGGAACUUCUUCGGGAGGACGCCCGACAUCAUCUUCUGGCUUUUCACCGAAGCCAACUCGCCCGACUACAGCGAGUUUAAGCGCUCCGCGACCUGCCAGGGAAUCGCCAGUCAAGCCAUCCAGCAGUCGAAGCUGCGCACGACGGGCGUGCAGAUGAUGAUGAACUGCGGGAUGAAAAUCAACGGCAAGCUCGGUGGCAUUAAUUACCGUCUCGACCGCGACACCGUCGGCGGCUUCCUCCGCGAGAAGACGCCGAUGAUUUUCGGCGCCGACCUCACCCAUGAGCCGGACCAGCCCUCCGUCGCCGUCGUCGUUGCCUCGAUGCACGCCGCGAACGUUCGUUAUGAGGAGACGAUCUCGGUCCAGGGACUUCUCGAGCCGACGCCUGCCGCCGCCUCCGCGGGUGCCCGACCCAAGAAGCAGGAGAUGAUCACGAACCUCGAGGAGAUGGUCUUGUCCCUUCUCCGCCGCCGCGCCCUCUCCCUCUGCGCUCUCCCUCCCGUCUCGAUGUUGAUGUUCCGCGACGGAGUCUCGGAAGGCGAGUUCGCGACGGUCAUCGCCGUCGAAGUCGACGCCUUCCACAAGGCCUUGCGCCGCUUCAAGACCGACGACGAGAUGCGCAAGCUCUUUGGCCCAGCGCUCGAUGCGUGGAACCCGGAGCUCACGGUCAUCGCGACGGUCAAGCGUCACCACAUCAGGGCUUUCGUCGACGACGGCAGGCAGGUGUCGAACAUCCCGCCCGGCACGUUCUUCGACGGCGGCGUCACCGACCCGCGUAGCUUCGAUGUUUACGGCGCGGCGCACCGUGCCUUGAUCGGGACUACACGCCCUACUCGCUACGUCGUGCUUCACGACGAGCACGGCCUGUCCACCGACGACGUCGAGCAGAUCGCCAACUCGCUCUGCCACUCGUACCAGCGUACGAACAAGGCCGUCUCCUUGCCCGCGCCCGUCUAG